AAUUAGGCAUCAUUAUCAUUUCAUAUAUAUAUAAACUCAAUACCAAUUUCGGAUUUAGAAGAACAAAGCUUUCCCACCAAUUAUUAAUUGAUGUUCUGUUCAUACUCUCUCUUUCUUUCGCGCCUCAGAAGCCGAAGAUUUGAUGAUUCUACUUUGCGAAUUCUGGAAUCAUUUCCCGCUUCCAAAGACGCGACGUCGUUGAUGGAUGUUAAUUCCAGCUUUAAAGAAGUUCUCAGAUUUGAAUCUCUAUCUAUCAUUCGUGAAACCUCUGAGAAAACUGAUGAUCAUAAGCUUCUAGUCAUCGAAUUUCUUGUUCGAGCUUUUGCCCUUGUUGGAGACAUUGAGAGUUGCUUAGCUUUGAGAUACGAGGCCUUGAAUUUUCGGGUACUGAAGUCUUUCAAUCAACCAUGGCUUCAAGUAUCACACGCAGAAUGGUUAAACUUCGCUGAGCAUUCAUUGCAUGCUGGCUUUUUUUCAAUUUCCAUAAAGGCAUAUGAGCAAGCGCUGUCAAGCCUUCAGCAGAGUGAUACUGCAAACUACACAUCACAUGGUUCCUUUAAACGCACAGAAGUUAUGGAGAAGAUAAAUAGACUCAAAGAUCAUGCUCUGAAUUUAGCUGGUUCCCAUUCUGUUCAAGCUCUCACAUCUGAUUAUUUGAAAAAGAAAGUAACUGAAAGGAACAGAAAGAUUUCUUCAUCCUGCACAAGAAAAUUUACAGCGAGCACUCUAUUCAUAAAUGGUAUCAGAAACUACAAUGCAAGAAAGCUGCAUGAAUAUCGAAGUUUUGAAGGGGUUAACCAGGGUCGCACAAGAUCCAGUUUUGUGAUCAGACCUACAUGUAGUCUCUCUUCAUAUCCAUCUGACUAGAUAAAUGUUCAGGGAGUCGAUCAGGGUGACUCGGGCGGCAAAAGAAAAAGUGUUUCUAUAUAAUUCCAGUUGAUCUCAGUUCUGUGCAAGUCCAAGUUGCUUCUCCCCGUCUGACAGGUUUGUAUUAUCAAUACCCCACCCCACCCCAAAUUCUUCAUUUCUUCCUUUUUGUAAGAGUUCAAUUUUUCAAUACCACAAAAUCUUUCAUGUGGUAAAAUCCACUUGGAGUUCACAUGGAAGCCUGUAAAUUCUUUCUCAUUCCCUCUUUGAGACAAGAGAAUGACGUGCUUAUUUCAUUUCCUUUUCAUGCCAUUAGUUGUUUGGAAACAUUUCAGUGUUUUUUGUUUUGUUUUACUUCACCUCUCUGUGUAGACGUUGAACGUGAAACUUUGGUCCAAUCAGAAAUUGCCAUAUUAUUUACUAAAUUA